GUGCUUUUAAUCUGUGUGUGUGGAGGAGCACAGUACGCAACCAGUCCUCUCACCUGUAUUAAUUUCAUGGAUCCUGAACGGCUUGUCCAGUGCCCUUAUGAUAAGAACCACCAGAUCAGAGCCUGCAGGUUACCUUACCACUUGGUGAAAUGCAGAAAGAACAACCAGAAGAUCGCCAGAGAACUCGCAACAUGCCCCUACAAUGCCCGUCACAGAGUUCCAAAGCAGGAGUUAAAAUUGCACAUUGCAUCUUGUGAGAACAAAGUUUCUCCAGAGGUCUUGGAGGUCACUUCAAGCAGAGGUGAUCCAAAGAACAGAAUUAAAGAGGUGACAGCCUGGCAGUGCCCCCCUCCAGAAGAAGACUGGGAGGCUGCUACUCUGGUGAGAGGAGCUAGAAAUUCACAUCUUCCUUUUUUGAACUGCUCCCCUAUAUUUUAUCAGCUUUGGAAAAUGCUACUGCAGAGGUUUGGGGACCAUCCUAAGCUACUCUGGCAGGCUACCAGUGACAAAAAAAUACUCAAAAUGUCACUGCAAGAUCACCACAGGGAUUCUCCAGGAGCAACAGAAAACAUACCUUUUUAAAACCCAGCUUGUAAU